AUGGCAGGAACCACCUCCGAGACGAAGGUCGACACUGUAAAUGGGACGACGGGCGGCGCGGGCGUCGACUACGAUGCCUUGGUCAUCGGUGCUGGAUUUGGCGGGAUCCGGAUGCUGCACGAAUUGGGCAAACGCGGUCUUUCCGCCAAAGCAUUCGAGUCGGGAUCCGGGGUCGGCGGAACAUGGUACUGGAACAGAUACCCAGGAGCCAGAACGGACAGCGAAAGCUGGGUGUACAUUCUCACCUUCUUAGAAGAGUUGGGAAUGGAUUGGGACUGGAAGGAACGCUUUCCCACUCAGCCAGAGGUGGAAGUCUAUCUCAACCGCGUCACAGAUCACCUCGAUCUCCGCAAGAAGAUCGAAUUCAACACCCAAGUCACAGCAGCACACUGGGAUGAAUCGAAGAAUGCGUGGAAAAUUACAACGUCAAAAGGCAACACAUACACUUGCACCUUCUUGAUUACUGCGACAGGGCCUCUCGCCACUCCACUAAAGCCCCCUUUCCCUGGGCUCGAAUCCUUCAAAGGUGAAUGGUAUCAGACAGGGCUCUGGCCGAAGCAUAAAGUGGACUUCGCGGGGAAACGUGUCGCUGUCGUGGGAACUGGCGCCACUGCCGUCCAAGUUAUUCCUGUUGUUGCACACAACGCCAAAACUCUAACUGUCUUCCAACGGACACCGAAUUAUGUCCUCCCAGCACGCAAUUAUCCACUCACCGAGGACCAGCAGGUUGCACUGAGGCGUGAAUCUGAAAAGGUCUUGAAAAGAGCCAGAAGCCAAUCUUUCGGGAUGGACUUUGUCGAUGCCACGCUCAAGUCGACUGACCUGGAAACCGAGGCCGAGAUCCAAAGAGUCCUAGAGUUCGGCUGGGAAAUCGGCGGAUUCCGAUUCAUCUUCGAGACGUUUGCUGACAUGCUGACCAACGCCAAAUGCAACGAUAUGGCAGCCGAGUUCGUCCGCAACAAGAUUCAAUCAAUCGUCAAGGACAAGAAAACUGCAGAGCUGCUUUGUCCGCAUUACACCAUCCUCUCGAAGCGGCCACCUCUUGGCCAUUUUUACUACGAGACAUUUAACCGAGACAAUGUUGAGCUGGUUGAUGUCAAGGACGACCCGAUCCAGGCCAUCACUCCAAAUGGUCUCCACACCGGCACAAAGGAGUAUGAGUUUGACAUGAUCAUCUUCGCUGUCGGGUUCGACGCCAUCACUGGAACUCUCGCACAGAUCGAUCUCCGCGGCAGCGAGCACCAGCUCCUCGCGGAGCAAUUGAACAAGGACAUGGCGACAGCGUACGGCAUUACUGCCCCUGGAUUUCCGAACCUUUUCAUGGUGUCUGGGCCUCAGGCCCCAUUUGCCAACAUUCCGGUCAUCAUCGACAAUACGGUGGACUGGAUCGGAAAGACCAUUUCCUUUAUGCGGUCGAAUGGCUACGAGCGGAUUGACACCAAAGAGGACUUUGCGAAGAACUGGAGCGAACAGGUAGAAGCCGCCUUCAAUGCCACUGUGCUUCCCGAAGGCGCAAAGGAGACACGCUCGUGGUACAUUGGAGCGAACCUGGAAGGAAAGACGGUGAGGCCGCUGUUCUGGUUCGGCGGCGUUGGUCCGUACUUCGCUCACUGCGAGAGGGAAAUCAACGAAGGAUAUCCUGGAUUCGUAUUCUCGUCUCCGGAGCAAGCGAGUCGAGCCAGGCUUUGA